UAGAUCCGCUGCUGCUGCCGCGGCGGGCGGACCUGCAGGAGGCGGCGGCGGCGGCCGAGGCCGAGGGAAGAUGGCGGACGGUGUGGACCAUAUAGACAUUUACGCGGAUGUGGGCGAAGAGUUCAACCAGGAAGCUGAAUAUGGUGGGCAUGAUCAGAUAGAUUUGUAUGAUGAUGUCAUCUCUCCAUCUGCAAAUAAUGGAGAUGCCCCAGAAGAUCGGGAUUACAUGGAUACUCUCCCACCAACUGUUGGUGAUGAUGUGGGUAAAGGAGCAGCACCAAACGUUGUCUAUACAUAUACGGGAAAGAGGAUUGCAUUGUAUAUUGGGAAUCUCACAUGGUGGACAACAGAUGAAGACUUAACUGAAGCAGUUCAUUCUUUGGGAGUAAAUGAUAUUUUGGAGAUAAAGUUUUUUGAAAAUCGGGCAAAUGGCCAGUCAAAGGGGUUUGCCCUUGUUGGUGUUGGAUCUGAAGCAUCCUCAAAAAAGUUAAUGGAUUUGUUGCCUAAGAGAGAGCUUCAUGGUCAGAAUCCUGUUGUAACUCCAUGCAAUAAACAGUUCCUGAGUCAAUUUGAAAUGCAGUCCAGGAAAACUACACAAUCAGGACAAAUGUCUGGGGAAGGUAAAGCUGGUCCUCCGGGAGGCAGUUCACGUGCAGCAUUUCCACAAGGUGGUAGAGGACGGGGCCGUUUUCCAGGGGCUGUUCCUGGUGGGGACAGAUUUCCUGGGCCAGCAGGACCAGGAGGGCCACCUCCACCUUUUCCAGGAAAUUUGAUCAAGCAUCUUGUUAAAGGAACUCGGCCUUUGUUCCUGGAAACUAGGAUUCCAUGGCAUAUGGGGCACAGCAUAGAGGAAUUACCCAUUUUUGGCCUAAAAGCUGGACAGACACCACCACGUCCGCCCUUAGGUCCUCCAGGCCCGCCCGGUCCACCAGGCCCUCCACCUCCUGGUCAGGUUCUGCCGCCUCCUUUAGCUGGGCCUCCUAAUCGAGGCGAUCGCCCUCCUCCACCAGUCCUGUUUCCUGGACAGCCUUUUGGGCAGCCUCCACUGGGCCCGCUUCCUCCCGGCCCUCCGCCUCCAGUUCCAGGCUACGGCCCCCCUCCUGGUCCACCACCUCCACAACAGGGACCACCUCCGCCUCCAGGCCCCUUUCCACCUCGCCCACCUGGUCCUCUUGGGCCACCCCUUACACUCGCUCCUCCUCCGCAUCUUCCUGGACCACCUCCAGGGGCCCCGCCGCCAGCUCCACAUGUGAACCCAGCUUUCUUUCCUCCACCAACUAACAGCGGCAUGCCUACAUCAGAUAGCCGAGGCCCACCACCAACAGAUCCAUAUGGCCGGCCUCCACCAUAUGAUAGGGGUGACUAUGGGCCUCCUGGGAGGGAGAUGGAUACUGCAAGAACGCCAUUGAGUGAAGCUGAGUUUGAAGAAAUCAUGAAUAGAAAUAGGGCAAUCUCAAGCAGUGCUAUUUCAAGAGCUGUGUCUGAUGCCAGCGCUGGUGAUUAUGGGAGUGCUAUUGAGACAUUGGUAACAGCAAUUUCUUUAAUUAAACAAUCCAAAGUAUCUGCUGAUGAUCGUUGCAAAGUUCUUAUUAGCUCUUUGCAAGAUUGCCUUCAUGGAAUUGAAUCCAAGUCUUAUGGUUCUGGAUCAAGAAGACGUGAACGAUCAAGAGAAAGGGAUCAUAGUAGAUCACGAGAAAAGAGUCGGCGUCAUAAAUCCCGCAGUAGAGAUCGUCAUGAUGAUUAUUACAGAGAGAGAAGCCGGGAGCGAGAGAGACACCGGGACCGGGACAGGGACCGGGACCGAGAGCGCGACCGUGAGCGCGAGUAUCGUCAUCGUUAGCAGUAUAUACCCACAUUUUAUACCAUCCAACUACUUGUUCUGAAUUUAAUCUUCUGGAAUCAUCUGAGGUAAAUGACAGGUGAGUAAUGACAGGUAAAUAUUUUGACCUCUUAUCCUUAAAUACUGCUUGCUUGAGUUACAGCUUUUAGGUUUCAGACUGUUUGUUAAUGAUCCUAAGAAAGCAAGAAAAUAAUCAAGAGGACUCAUUGUCUACUUCUAAAAUCUAAAAAUUGGAAUUCUCUUAAUCACAUACACAGUUUGCAUGUGAUUUAAAAUAUAAAAUAUGAGUUAAUUCUUACUGUAAUAUGCUUGGACUUCAAAAAAUAAAUUUUAAGUUUCUCUCCUUGAACUAACUAACUAUCCCUAAAAAUUUGAAAGACAAUCUGACACUUGUUGCUAGUUGGAAGGUGGUUUGUUAGCAUUGAGAAAAACUUUUUUUUUGAGAAAAGACACUUUUCCUGCCAUCUGGGCUUUGUUUUUAAAAGAAAUAGUAUUCUUUGAUUUGCAAAGAAGGUAAGAAAGUUACUCAGUUAAAAUGAAUUCAGGGUAUUCCAUGUAGAGAAUUUUAAGUUGUAUCAAAUCAUACAUCUCAGGUUAGAAUAACCUUGAAGUAAUUUUCUUUGAUGUUUCAUUCAUAAACCAUAAUCAUUAUGUCUUUUUUUUCUGUAUUUUAAAACUAUUGUGUACAUUUUUCAUUAAGCGGGAAGAGUUGUCUGUUUAUACUUCAUUUUCACGUGUAAUUUUAUUUUUAUAUUUGUGAACAGCAUUUAUUCAUGUGAAGAGUGGGAAGAGGGCACUAUAAGGCUUGUGCAUGUGACACAGAAGUUAUUCUGUAAGCAGGUUUUUUUUGCUUCAUAGGUUGGUGGCAUAUCAAAAUUAAAUUAGACUAAAACCAAUCCCUUAUAGGUUACUACUUUACAUGACUAUUUUCCGUAACUAAAAUUGGGAAAUACUGAAAAUUCAGUAAUUGGUAGUGUUUAAAUUGUAAUGGGCAAAACCAAAGACUUGUAUGUAAUUCUGUGACAGAAUAGCAGUUUCUUUAAGUAAAGUAGGUAUAUUUUAGCAAAUGAGAUCCUUUUUUAAGUAAUACUACUUAGGAAACAAGCAAUGUAAGUCUUAUUUUUGUGGUAUACAAAUAAGUUAUUAUAUUAUUUACAGUUUUAAGAGCUUUCUGAAGUGAAAGGCAAGUUUUAAUACUUUUCCUUGCAUUAUGAAUAUGCAUCUUGAAUAUAUAUCAAACUGUAAUUUUAAAGUUCUCCAUGUACUGUGUUAUAGAACUUAAUACAAUUUUCAAAACAUUAUUUUAAUAUAAGGCAAAAUUUUUUUUUACUUUUAAAACUAAGCUUUUUGGAAUUGAUAUUGUUUUUGGAUGUAAGAAUUGAAUGUUGUGUCAUAUAAAAAUAAACAUUAGAUUUUUUAGAUGUAGUCCCCCUCCUCUCCCCAAGUUGAAUGGGCCUGAUCCCAUCUUAAAAAAAACUCCGAGUGCCCAUCAGUUGCUUUAGGUGAAUUAUGGCCACCUUAGUGAAAUGCUUAAUGUUCAUCAGUCAUUUAAAGUAAGAUACAGGUCCCUCAAGUUUUAUUUUUACUUAGGCUUUGUCAGUUAUCAACAAGCUUCUGGUUACUGAAGUCAUGAGAAUGGAACUUGCAUACAUUUUCAAUCUUCUUCAGGACUGGACAUUCUGAACCAGUUUAUAUCCAAAGUUAAUUAACAGGUUUUCCUACUGGUUUUAGUUAAACUAGCAUAAAUAGAUAAACUCUUUCUGAAGAGUCCAUUGUUAAUUUUAAAUACCUUGAAUUAACUAAUAUUACAUUUCCAGUAAUGGGUACACCUAACUAUAUCAUGGUUUGAGUUUCAUUACAUUCAGACAUUAACUAUGAAUUCUUAACUUGCAAACUAAAUAUUGUCGGCAUUUUUUCUUAAUCGCUGAUGUGUACCAUACCAAAAUUCCCAUGUUUUGUUUGUACAUUAUAAUCAGAAUUGAGUUGUAAUAUUGUUAUGUGCCUUCAUCCAAGCAAAAUUUUACAUAAGCAUUUCCAGUGCAAAAAAUUUUGUUAACCUGGAAUAUUGUACCUUUGCUAUAUACCAAAAAGUAUUUAUUGCUGAUGUAGACAUGGAAUAAGUGAGGUGGGGGGAAUUGGGAUUAAAUAUAUCCAAGUGAAAAACUUUCCUAAACAAAUAAAAAAAUUUGCACAUUUAAUUACCAUCAAAAUAAGGUCUAUUGACCUUUUUUAGAAGUUUUAAAAUAUGAGUCCUUUUGAACUUUCAUGUAAACCUUAAAUGGACUAAAUGGAAUAAGAGUAAUUUGGAAGCUGAAGUGAAUGUCACUGUUAAGUCUGUAUACAAAUAAAACAAUAAUGUGACCUAUUAUUAAAGUGAUGAUGAAUGGCUUAAAGGGCAAGUUCUUAAUUUAACUGGAAACUUAAUGAUGUUGGCAAGCUGUUAAUGUCUGUCCCAUCUUAAUUUUUUUGUGUUUGAACUGUUGGUAAUGUUAAUUGCAUUUUCUCAUUUAAAAAAUGUAUUAGUUUUUCUAAAAGCAUUUAAUAUCUAAGUUCAAAUAUAUAAUAUUUUAAUGAGAAUAUCAAUAUUGUGAAUUUCAGCAUGUAAAUACAUUGUGCUUCAUAUUGUGUAAUUUUUGCCUCAAUUCUCAGACCACUCUGAGCAAAACAAAAGUAGUUCAGUGUUUUUAAUAUUAUAUGCUUUUUACAGAAAUAAUUUUAUUUUCAUAGUUAUUUUCUUUCGUCUUUCUGUUAUUACUUGUUGGGAACAACACUACUCAGCACAUUUCUGUUAAUGGUUCUGCUUUUGUUUGUGUACUGAAGAGUAAUGAAAGGAUUUUUUUAAAGUACUUUUUAUUCAUGCUUUUCCUCUCCCCGACACAUGACUUGACACAUUCUCAAAUCAUUAUCCAUUCCUUUGAUUAGAUUUUUAAGCAUCAUGUAUGGGGUAUAGGUUAAAUAAUUAUACUUUCCUUUGCUAUAUGAUUUCUCUUCUCCUAUCAUAAAUAUUAUGAUCUUAGAUUUUGUUGUCAUUGUACAAGAUUUAGGGUGUUUUGCAUUCCUUACUCAGUUUUUUAGCUUUGCAUUAAUUUGGGAAAAACGAACAAAAAAAGCCCAAAGAAUCGAAUAUUCUUUUUUAAAUGUUAAGAUGUUUUAUCUCCUUAAGAGUUAGUGUUAACUUUGAGUCUUAGGUGAAAAUUAAAUACUUCUAAUUAUCUGAUAAAUGAUACUGGUGGUGAUGAGAUUUAAAAAUUAUUUCUGCAACUCUUAGGUCAUCUGAGAUCAGACUAAUAUUACCCAUCCCUGUGUUUAUGGUUUCCCCAUAUAUUCUAACUGCUUCAUUUGGAUAUGCUACCUCUCACUUUUGCUUUAAUUUUCCUUGCUUUUAGUAUUAUUAGCAAAACAUGUGAGACUACACAGGUAUGUUAAUUGCAGUGAGAAUAGGGUAGUAAGUGAUCCCUAGAAUGUAUGUGUAGUGUGUUUUGCUCACUGUGGUUUAAGAAUAUGGUUUUGUUUACAAAUAAUUAAUGUUCCCUGUUUCUUUAAAAAAAAAUCAGUACCAGUGUGAGUCACUUUGAUCUCUCACCUUCAUUUCAGUGUAAAAUUUGCUACCAUUGGUUUAGUUUGUGAAUUAGAUUGUUUUGAAUAAAUUUUUAAUUAGAAUGAAUAGUUAGCAUUGUUUAAAAGAAGCCUAAUAACCAAAAAAGGAGUAAGGGUGUCAUGUAUGCUAUCCAGAUUUACUAAUAUAAUAUGCCUUGGUGGUAGCAUGUUUUAACUCUCAACAGUGAAAUCUAAAUCACAGCUUAUUUUGAAAUGGCCAUUUUGUCAGAUUUUGGAGCAAAGAUGAGUAUUCUUUGUGAAGUUUAUUUUUCUGCCAUUUAGUAGACUGCCUGGCGCAGCAGUCAUGAAUUCUAUUUCAUAGUGUAAUAAAAUUCUUUAGUUAAAAUGAGGUAAGUACUGUCUCUAGAAGUGGAAAGAUGAAAGUAUAAAAUGUUUUGGUAGUAAGGGAGUUUUUUGUAAAUAUCUACCAUAAACAAGAUUUUGUGUACUGUGUUCUAGUCAAUGCAAGAAGGGAUGUUGAUUUUAGAAAGAGUUGUAUUUAGAUACUUCUCUGUCUUCUGCCCACCUCAUCUCCAUUCCUCUCAUCAGGAAAUUUUCAGAUAAAAAGUGAAUUUUAUUAUACUGAGUUAAUAAAUUAGAAUCCUUCAAAUUCAAUAUAUUAAUGUGAAAACCUGUAAGAGAUCCAUAUCUAAUAUAUAUUUGAAUCUUUUACUUGAAAGAUGAAGUAACUGAUACCAGUAAAUUUUCUUGGAUAAAUUUCUAACAGAAGCAUUCAUAAUUUGAGUUGUUAAUGCUGACUUGAUCUUAAAUUAUCUCAGGAUCCCCUGGUAGCUCAGCUGGUAAAGAAUCUGCCUGUAACACAGGAGACCCCUGUUUGAUUCCUGGGUUGGGAUGAUCCCCUGGAGAAGGGAUAGGGCACCCACACCAUUGUUCUUGGGCGUAUCUCAAAAUGCAGGUGCUUCUCUGUAUUGAAAUUUUAACUUAGUGAUCACUUUAUAUACUCAUUAAAGAGCCAUAGAUUCCAUCUGUCUCAGUUUUUUUAACAUCUGUUUACAUAGAUCUUCCUAUAACUGAUAGCUAAAGCAAGACAUUGUGUGGCUUUGACAUUAUAGAUUUGACUGCAUGGUAUUCUGAAAAUAUGACCACUGAAUGUAUUUGUUACUUUUAAGCUUCUUUUUUAUAUCUUUGUUUGUGUAGAUUUCUGCCUAGAAAUUUGAGACUAUAAUAUGGAAUUGGGUUAUUGGAAAUGGGUUGUAUUGCCUUCAAUUUUGCCUUUUUUCGAGAUUGUAAAAUUUGUAUUUCCAAAUGGAUACAUGUAAAGUGUUUAGAAGUAGAAAUAAAAACUGUCAGAUUAUCCCCCAGAUUUUAUGUUUGUAUGGUGAAAAUUAGAGAUUUAUUAGUAGUAACAGUCUUAUCUCUAAAGCAAACAAUAAAUGUAUUCAUCCUAAAGAUAUAUGUUGUAAUUUCACAUACAGGAUUCUUUACAUAUAAAGUAGUAGAACUUCUCCAUUCGGAAUGAUAUAAAAUUGCAGAAUAUGCCAUAUGGUUUUUGGAAGGGUUGGGUAUUUUUGUUUUGCUCAUUGUGACUUAAUGUUUCCUUCUUAAUUAACCCUUCCAAUAUGACAGAAUAAUUAGGGAGAUAGCGUUCUCUUGCAGUAAGAAUUGUGAAUUUCCUAUUAAUGUUGGUUUUUUUUUUUUUUGGUUAGAAUAUAUGCUUUGUCUCUCUUUAAUGCUUCAAUACCAGUUUGUUUAAGUAUAUUGAAAAGUAGUAAAGAUAUGUGAAAGCCAGCCAUCUUCCUAGAUUUUUUCUGUGAAAUAAUUUCACCAAAAGCUUUAUCAACAUAAGAUAAAGUACAAUAAAAGGUAGCAUUAAAAAAGGCUUAACUAUCUAUAUGAAAAAUAAGGGCAAAUAAAAACAGUUUGAAAGUUUCAGGAUUAUAGUAUCUGCUUUUCUCUUUUGCAGUUGUAAAAUUUAAGUUUUUUACUGCUAGGCAAUGUGAAUAUGUGUAUUGAUGCUCUUAAAUGCUUACACCCUAGUUGAGGAGGAGAGGACUUGAAAGAAAAUUUAUAGUUAGUUGUGACAGAAUACUAAUUAUUCUUAAUUGUAGACCAAAAAGUAUUCCUAAUUUUAUGGAAGACUGUUACUAAACAAUGUGCCCUUUUGCCUCUUACAUCAUCUUAUUAUUGACAUGCUCUCUUGGAAUUUAUAUUUCAAAUAACUGGUAUUUCAGUGGUCACUAAUAUCACAUUAAUUGAAUGUGUUUCCUUUGUGAACCUCUACCUGAAGUUUGCAUUUUUAUGUAUUCCUAAAAUUUUAGUUUAUCUCAUUUAUUGGGUUUUUUUUUUCUUUUUGUUAGUUUUCAAUGAAAUUUGUAGAUUCCCAUUUAGCUGGUUUUGGCUUAGUUUAUAUACAUUAGAUAUUUUGAUAUAGGUGAAAUAGAGUGACAGUACUGUUAUAAAUUUGUAUAUGUCUAAAGAUUUGUACGUGAAUGUCAUAUUUAUUUACAUGUGCAUAGUGAGCUUAUAUUUACAAGUUUUGUAACAUGGAGGUCCGUUUGGUUUAUACUUGCAGAAGUUCCUGUAUACUGUCAAAUACAACUAAUUUGUAAAAUAAUUUAUUGCAUUUAUAUUCAAUUCUCAUUUGUUUAUGAGUUAUAUAGAAUUUAUGUGGAUGAAUGAAAAAUAUUUACAUUAAAAUCAUACAGGCAUUUUCCAUUUUUGUAGUAUGAAUACUUUAGAAAAUGACUUAUAAAUGUUUCCAUCUUCACAGAAACAGUAGCUGCUACAUUUUCAUUUGCUUCAGUCAUUAAAUUUAUAAGGCAGUAAUAAGAAGAAGGAAAUCAGAAUGUCUCUUUUAAUCAUCACAUAAAUUGGGAGCAUUCUCCAUCACAAAGGCAGCUACUGUUUCAGUUAAUUCUUAUUUUGUGUUAGAAUACGUAACAGUGAAGUAGAUGCACGACUUGUGUAUGUAUAGUUAAGCCAGCGUUUUUCUGUGUAUUAUGGGGAAUAGCAAAAUCUACAUCAUAAAUUUUGACACA